CGAAGCCUUCACAAAAAGGAUUUCCCUCCACAACACGACUCUCACGACUGCUUUGAUCUUUCCCGGGACGACUAGGGUUUUAGAAAUCACAGUGAAAUAUAAUCGAACCCUAGUGCCCAUAGAUAAUCAACCAAGUGUUUUGGAUUGUUUUAUAUAAUCGAAAACUGAUUCUCAAUUUGAUCGCCUUUGAACCCAAAUUUGCUGCUUCUGCUUCGUCUUCUUUUUGUAUUCGAACGAUGGGAAGGGGAAAGUUCAAGAGCAAGCCCACGGGUCAUCGCCAGUUCUCCACUCCCGAAGAUCUUCUUGCUGGUACCUCUACUCGUCCUCGCACUUUUUCAAAGAAAGAAGCUGAAUAUGACGAAGUUGAAGAAGAAAUUGAAGAAAGUUCUGAAGAGGAGUCCGGAGAUGAAUCGGAAGGACAAGAUGAAAAGAAGAAGGGAAUUCAAGGUAUUAUUGAGAUUGAAAAUCCUAAUUUGGUAAAGCCAAAGACCUUGAAAGCUAGAGACAUUGAUAUUGGAAAAACAUCUGAACUCUCAAGGCGUGAAAGAGAAGAGAUAGAGAAACAGAGAGCCCGUGAGAGAUAUAUGAGGUUGCAAGAACAAGGAAAAACUGAGGAAGCAAGGAAAGAUUUAGAGCGUUUAGCCCUUAUAAGAGAACAGAGGGCCGAAGCUGCUAAAAAGAGAGAAGAAGAAAGAGCUGCCAAAGAACAGAAGAAGGUGGCAGCCCGCAAAUGAUCUGUUUGAAGCAAAACAAGUUAUGCUGCUGAUAGUACCACAACUAUUAUGGUCUCUACACUUUAAAGUAUUAAUUUAAUCUAUUAUUGAACACCAGUAUUCCAAAUUGGUGAUUGAGAAAACAAUAAACUUUUUCCCAUUUUGUUGUUUGCCAUAGAAAUUUACCAUAUUAUUAUGUAUUCAAAACCAACUAGAUUUUUAAACUUGUUAGAAUCUUUUAUCAUAUUUACUGUAUAAAAGAGGUUUCAUUUGUGUCAGAACAUGGACUGAGCAAUUUACCAAUGAAAUUAUGCUGUUUUAUAUUUGGAUAACAGUAAA